AUGGCCACAGCAGCAUCAAAUACGUCGCGACGCACCAGUAAAACACUGCAGAUAACCGACCUAUUGAACGAACCACAGCCUUAUAACACUAACUGGCAAAGUCUUCCCCAACCGACCGUAGGCGCUGACCAGGGGUUACUUUCAAGAAUUCAAGGUUCUCUUGUCGGUCUCGCUGUGGGUGAUGCUCUCGGAGCAUCAGUCGAGUUUCGUCCUCACACAUACUUACAAGAACAUCCCGUAACAGACAUGCAGAGUGGGGGUACCUGGGGCCUACAGGCUGGCCAAUGGACAGACGACACAUCGAUGGCUCUCUGCCUUGCCGCCAGUCUUAUAGUUAAACAGGGCUUCGAUGCUUACGAUCAACUAGUGCGAUACAAAUGGUGGUAUAAGGAUGGAUAUAUGUCAUCUAUAGGAAAGUGCUUUGAUAUCGGCCAAGCGACACGUCUAGCUGUUAUCGACUUUGAGAAGCGUCAAUUGAACUUUGCAGAACGUUUUUGCCAGUUGAAACCAAGAACGCUCAAAUCGGAACGAGAUCGCGAUACAAUGAUAAGUCAACGUGACUGUGUUAGCGUUAAUUUCAAGCUGAAUUUCGGAUCAGAAGAUUCUGCCGGCAACGGACCUCUCAUGCGUAUGGCAUCAAUACCUCUCUUUUUCUUUCGAUCAGAAAAAGCUGCUAUUAACUACGCCGGCGAAAAUGCGGUUCUCACACAUGGUGAUCCUCGAGCCGCUGAUGCCUGCCGAUUCUACGCUGCUCUCAUUUGUGGCGCACUUCAAGGCUUGAGUAAAUAUGAACUUUUGGAUCCCAAAUUUUAUCGUGCAU